AUGUCAAAUUGGAGCAGAUCAACAAUGGAGAGUGGGAAUGUUUACAAUUCCAUUAAUCAAGCUGGAAUGCUGAGUUCAAAAAUUAUGUCAUUGGAAAGUCAACUAAACAUGCAAGAAAGGGAAAUAUGUCGAUUAUUGCAGGAAAAUGAAACAUUGAAGAAGAAACGAAAAUUGGAGGUGGUAGGGAUCAGUGUUGCUGUUGCAUCCAAAAAGAAAUACACUGUGCCACAGGUUUCGAAUAACAUUUCAACAUUUAACCUAAUCUUGGAAAAUGAUAUCUCUGAAAAGUAUCUGGAUAUUAUCACUGGCAGUCUUGAAGAAUACAAAGUCGAGUGGGAAUCCCAAAACUAUGUUAUUCUGAACGCAUUCAACAAUCGAGAUGAAAUAUUCAACUAUUAUUGUCCAUUAUUCGAAAGUAAAUAUCCAGAAAAGGUAUACCGACUAGUUUUAGAGAGAGAUGACUAUAAGAAAUUAUUUAAGGAAAAUAAGCAUUUGAGCAAGUUUUUCAAAAUGCAUGCUUGGAGAAUUUCGAUAUUUUCAAUAGAAUUUUUUCAUUUUGUAAGAAAGAGUAAAAAUAUUAAAGAUUAUUGA